AUGACGAUGAAGGAUAGUUUUGGAGAGAAGCUUGGCCUUUCUCCGAUCAAGAUCACGGUUGGCAAGUUUCUGAUUGUACCGCAGAAGGCCUUAAGGUAUAUAGAUAUACAAAUCAGCAGCCUAACGUGUCUUCUAUACGCGGCACAGUUGCCCGCGGAAAUGAUUGGUGAGAAAGCAGAGGAUCAGCGCGCAUUCGAUGCUGUCAAUGUUAUACUCUCCCUGCUGGGUAAAAAUGGCGGUGUAUCAGCUUGGGAGCCGGUGAGAGGUUCCAUUUGGUUAGAGAAACUCAAUCCGAUGGAGUUUUUAACAUCAUACGUGGAAUGCACGUCAUCAGCAAUAGAAGCCCUAGCCAUGUUUAAGAAGGUGUACCCCAGUCAUAGAACCAAAGAAAUCACCAACUUCAUUGAAAAGGCAGCUCAAUAUGUACAAAACAUUCAUACAGCAGAUGGUUCUUGGUACGGAAAUUGGGGAAUUUGCUUCAUUUACGGGACAUGGUUCGCACUUGUCGGACUAUCCGCUGCUGGUAAAACUUACAACGAUUGUCCGUCGCUGCGCAAAGGAGUUGAUUUUCUGCUCAAAAACCAAUGCAAAGAUGGCGGUUGGGGAGAGAGUCAUCUUUCCUGCCCAAACAAGAUAUACACACCUCUCGAAGGAAAACGAUCCAAUAUAGUUUAUACUGCUUGGGCAAUGUUAGGUCUAAUACAUUCCGGCCAGGCAAAGAGAGACGCAACUCCUCUUCACAAGGGUGCAAGAUUGUUGAUCAAUUCUCAACUUGAAGAUGGUAGCUUCCCUCAGCAGGAAAUAACGGGAGCAUUCAAGAACAACAAUAUGUUACACUAUCCGUUAUACAAGGAUUGUUUUCCAUUGCGGGCACUGGCUGAGUUCCGUAAACACUGUUUGUUGCCGUCAAACAAGAGUUUUUAGUUUUAAAAUUAAAUUUAAUCGGUCCACCUUUGACCAACCAAGUGUACCAUUAAUUAAUGUAAUUUAUUCAUCAUCCUUUUGUUCAGCUCCUACAUGUCAUCAUAUUGGUCUGGUGUAAAUUCACACCAAAUGUAAUCUACUCCCUCCAUAUAAAAGAAACACUAUUUUUGUCUA